GGAGGAGCUGAGCCGCCGCUGUCCGUGCGGGUGGGCGGGCGGGGGUCCGCGCGAUGGCGAUGCACAACAAGACGCAGACGCCGCAGAUCCCGGACACCCGGCGGGAGCUGUCGGAGCUGGUGAAGAGGAAGCAGGAGCUGGCGGAGACGUUGGCAAAUUUAGAACGACAGAUUUAUGCUUUUGAAGGCAGUUACUUGGAGGAUACGCAGAUGUACGGCAAUAUUAUUCGAGGAUGGGACCGUUACCUGACCAAUCAAAAAAACACUAACAGUAAGAACGAUCGGAGGAACAGGAAGUUCAAAGACGCUGAACGUCUCUUCAGCAAGUCGUCCGUGACCUCCGUGGCUGCUGUCAGUGCUUUGGCUGGUGUCCAGGAUCAGCUAGUAGAAAAACGAGAACCAGGCAGUGGAACUGAAAGCGAUAAUUCCCCAGACUUUCAGAAUCAGGAGAACGAGCCGAACCAAGAAGACACGGAAGAGGUGGACGGAUCCCACCUGCAGGGAGUGAAGGCACAGAAAGCAGCCUCCUCCAUCUCCUCUGGCAGCCAUCAUGGCAGUCACAAAAAACGGAAAAACAAAAACCGGCACAGCCCGUCUGGCAUGUUUGAUUAUGACUUUGAGAUUGAUAUCAAGCUUAAUAAAAAACCAAGAACUGACUAUUAAUUAAUCCACUGCCAGUCAUGGACGGCAAUAGCUGGGUUUGAUCCCUUAAGGCAGACGAAUGUGCGCUGAACGCUGAAUCCAGUUCAUUCCAGGCGUCGCCCGAACUCGAUACCAUGAGAGGACUCGGCUCCCGAGAUCCCUGCAAAGUCCCCGCAUUCUAUGAAAUGUUGCUGUGAGACUGUAUUGAGAUAGUUUGUCAUUUGUACCAUGUAUACAUACCAUCUACAAUUGGAUUUAAUAGUCAAUUUAAUCUGUUAGUCUUGGGGGGAGGGCGGCGGGGGAAGGAGGGAUGCAAUUGAUUGCUUUUUAUGCCUGGUUCAUCUCAUUUUGACCAUUUAACGUCACCCGUUUUUCAUCACGCGACAUUAUUUGGAAUAAAAAUGAAGUGUUUAUUUGGUAAGGUCAGACAGAGGUUCUCAAUGCUUGUUGACAUCAUUGCUAUUUAACUGUCACAGCAAUUUUUGGGGCUUUUGAUCAGAGGCGACUGUGAAACCCAUCUCGUUCUGUCUCAGUCGUGUCUUGUGCACUUCAGAAGCAGAUUUAACUCUGCCAUUGUAUAAAAGCUUCAAUGACCCAAACCAGAUAUUGCUUUGAUGGAAUUCGAUUUCAACUUCGCAGCCACAUUUGGUUUUAUUUUUGGAAUCCAUUGUUUUUUUGGGUUGCGCUUCGGAAAUAUUGUAGGUAUAAAUAUUUGCCUUUUCAAUUUGUACAAUUAUGACUUUGUUGUUUGGACACAUGGCUUUAUUAUUUUUUUUAAAAAAGAAAAAAUGGAUUUGUGACCACUUUGUAUUAUAAAAAUCCCUGAAACGCAUUGCCGAGUUUAUAGCAUUAUUAAGCACUGCCUGCAGUUUGCAAAUGAUACAUCGGUAAAGUAAGACUGCCCUGGGUAUGAGCGCAAAGGGCGAUAAAGUGACAUUGUGGUGGAAGUGUUUGAAAUCUAGCAAAUAAACAUGCCAACUUCA